GGAUACACACGCAUUUACGUUACGUUACAGGAGUAGCAUUUCAAUACGUCCGAAAGUUCCCGGAAUGAACGAUGCUCUGAAAAUCAGGUGGUCUAUUAAUUUUUGUUUUUUUUUUUUUAAUGUUUUACAAUAUUGCUCAUGCUGUGUAGAUGCUUCAUGAGAGAAGCCGGUGUAUUUUGCAGAACGCUGAACCCAAGUACCUCGUUCAGGGUUAAAAUAGAAACGUGCCCUGCGGGAUCCAGACCUGAAGCACACCUUUAGCCGCACCUGUUGCAGCUGCGGUAAAGCCCCCGGGGUCAUGGUCACCAUCGGCCGUCGCCCACCGCGCUGCGGCCUCCAAGGCUGAGUAACCGAAAGCCUCUUCUCCCUUCUUGUGAACCUGAGCUGUGCACCGAUGGCAAAGGCAGGUGAAGCCUCACCCCGGCCUGGAAACAAUGCAGAGCCCCGGGUUGCGGCCGUCAGCCAUCAGCCAUGCUCCUCUACGACUACCCUCUCAAUGGCAGCAUAGAGGCGUCGUUGUUCCAGAGUUACCCCAUGAAUGCCCAACGAGAAGCGCCCCGAGUGAUCCUCCCGCCACAGAUGAGUACAAGACCCCCGAUGGGGUUCUACCAGCCCUACCCAGGCAGCCCGCCAUGCCCCAGCCCCAUCCCCACCCAGCUGGACCCGCUGGACCUGUCCAUCAGCGGAAGGAGCUCGUUCUCCGGAUCCUCCCGCAAGUCCCCGAACCCGGCUGGACCGAGAACGACGCACCCCAAUCGUCAAGCCAGCUCCCAGUACGGCGGCCCCUGCCCCGGCGCGCCUGUGCACUUCCCGACCAUGGUGACGCACCUGCUGCCGGGCUCGAGUCCCGGCCUGCUGCCCGUCAUCUCCAACGUCAUCGUGCAGCACCUGCCCGUUCUGCACCCGCCGCCCCUGGGCCUGCCUCCUGGCAUGGCGGUCUCACCCGGCAUGGCCGUCUCCAAGGAGGACGUGCACGUCCUGUACCCCUCCAAACAAGGGUACAGCCCGUGUCCCUCACCUCUGUGUCAUCCUCCGACGCCCCCGGUGAAGGUGCCCGAGGUGCCCUGCGCCACCCAAGAGCUGCAGAAGCCCACCAAAAGCAGCCCACCCUCUGAAAAAGCCCGGAAGCCCUGCGACGAGGAGCCGCUUUCUUCUUCUUCCGUGAUCGUGACGCUGUCUGCCAUCAAAGACGAGAGGAGGAGCCCCCAGCUGACGGAGCUCCCCGGGUCUGGAUCCCCACCCCGAACGGAGUCCCCCGAAAAGCUCAGGAAGCGACGUGUGCACAGCUGUGAUCAUGAUGGUUGCAACAAGGUUUACACCAAGAGCUCCCACCUCAAGGCCCACCGCCGCACGCACACAGGCGAGAAGCCCUACCAGUGCCUGUGGGAAGGCUGCACGUGGAAGUUCGCCCGAUCCGACGAGCUCACGCGCCACAUGCGCAAACACACGGGGGUGAAGCCCUUCCGGUGCCCCGACUGCGAGCGCAGCUUCUCCCGCUCCGACCACCUGGCCCUGCACAAGAAGCGCCACCUGCUGGGAUGAGCCUGCGAGUGCGGCCCCAGCGAACAGUCAUCGAUGACUUGCCCCUUUGCUGGAGGUCCAGAAGCUCUCAGGAGGGGAGGGGAGGGGGGGGGGGGGUCUGUGUUUCUCAGGGUUUACACCCCCAGCAGGGAGGGUGGACUCAGGGCCGUGGUACGCUGGCGUGGUUUUCGUCCUGCUGUGGACUCUUCGGUCCCACACCAGCCAGCUGGGCGAUGCUGAGGGUGAUGAGGAUGAUGACGAUGACGACAUCGAUGAUAACCUGCUUCUAGGAUCCCUGGACAUCUGGGAGGAAGACGCCUAUCUAUGCUGCACAUGAGUUUGUCAUAUUUAUUGCUUGUUAUCUCAGAUGAAACCUACAUAAUGUGAAUUUUUUUAUACAUUUAAAAAAACAUCUUUUUGUGACUGUUUU